AUGGUCCUCCGCAUCCGCCUCGCUCGAUUCGGCAACGCCCGCAACCCAGUGUACAACAUCGUGCUCGCGCAGGCCAAAUCCGCCCGGGGCAAGAAGCCCAUCGAAGUGCUGGGGACAUACAACCCGAUCCCGCAGAUGCCUCUGGCCACGCGCGACACGCCCGAGUUCCUGCCCACGGGCGAAAAGUUGGUGCCCAAGAAGAUCAAGGACAUCAAGCUAGACACCGCGCGGACAAAGUACUGGCUUGGUGUGGGAGCGCAGCCGACCGAACCGGUCGAGAAACUAUUCAGUCUGGUGAGUUCGAGUUCGAGUUCGAGUCUAAGUCCCGGCGCGAAACGAAAUGGCACAUGUUUGGUUUUUGGUCGAAUGGAAUAG